AUGGUGACUUGUAAUCCAAACUGGCCUGAGAUUUACAGGUGUUUGCACGAUAAAGCUCUUAAUGCUGAAGACAAACCGGAUAUUAUCUCUAGAAUAUUCAAGUGUAAAUUGGAUCAUCUUAUAAAAGACUUCAAGAAACAUAAAUUCUUUGGUGAUAUACAACCCACUGUUCAAAAAUUUCAGUUAUGUAUACAGUGGAAUCAGAAGCAUGGAUUCCCACAUGCUCACAUAUGUUUGUUCUUGGGUGCUGAAAGCAAAUUUCCAAAUGCAUCUGAUAUUGAUCGUGUUAUUACUGCUGAGAUACCAGGUAAAGAAAGAGAUCCUGAAUUAUAUGAGCCUGUCAAGAAAUUUAUGAUUCAUGGACCAUGUGGUACAGACAACCCACUUUGUCCAUGUAUGGUUCAGCAAAAAUGUUCUAAAAAGUUUCCCAAAAAAUAUAUAGAUGAGACUUGUGUUGAUUCUGAAGGAUAUCCUGUCUAUCGUCGCCGUCAAACAAGUAAUACGGUAGUAAAGAAUGGUGUGACACUUGAUAAUAGAUUUGUAGUUCCUUACAAUGCUCUCUUACUCAGAAAGUAUCAGUGCCACAUUAACGUUGAAUGGUGCAACCAGUCAGGUUCUAUCAAAUAUUUGUUUAAAUAUAUUAAUAAGGGGCCUGAUAGAGUGGGUGCUUCUGUUUUUCAAGCCAAUAGCACCAAGAAUAAUACGGAACAGAAUGUAGCUGUAGAUGAGAUAAAAGCAUACCUUGAUUAUAGAUAUAUCUCUGCUUGUGAGCUGCUUGGAGAAUAUUCAUGUAUGAUAUACAUUAUAGAUAUCCAGCUGUUGAAAGUCGAUGAAUUUGCCAGGACAUUGAGGUAUGUUCAGUUUCCGGGAUAUUAUGUAUGGAAUGCUAAAAAUCGCAAAUGGAAUCGAAGAAAGCAUCCGUAUGGAUCAAUUGGGAGGGUACAUUAUGUCCCACCAUCACUUGGUGAUUGUUAUUACCUAAGGAUUUUACUGAAUCACAUUAAGGGACCAACCUAUUUUGAAGAUAUAAAAACAGUUGAUGGGCAAGUUUUUAAAACAUUUAAAGAUGCAUGUUUUGCACGGGGGCUGUUGGAUGAUGAUAAAGAAUAUGUUAAUGCUGUCAAAGAAGCUAGCACAUGGUCAACCGGAGAUUUCUUGAGGACCUUUUUUGUAAUGUUGUUGCUGUCAAAUUCGAUAUCUCAUCCUGGUGAUUUUUGGUCAGAAACAAAGUCCCUGUUAUGUGAAGACAUUCUGUAUCAGCAACGAAAGAUAAUUGGUAUUGCAGAUUUGGAUCUUCAACAGGAAGAACUUGAAAAUAUUUAUCUAUCUGAAAUUGAAAAGUUGCUUCUUACCAAUGGAAGUACAGUGAGAAAUUUUGAUGAUAUGCCAAGUGUUCCGGACAAUUAUGUUUCAUCGUCGAACAAUCGAUUGAUAAUGAAAGAAUUAUCGUAUGACAGACUAGCUCUUCAAAGGGAACACGAUCGUUAUGUAAAGUGUUUAACUGCCGAACAGGAAAAGAUAUAUAAAAUUGUUAUGGAAGCGAUUGAAAAAGGUGAUGGAGGUGAAGUGGUAUUGAAUGUUGCAUCCAGUGGAAUUGCUUCACUUUUGCUGGAUGGUGGUAGAACUGCUCAUUCAUGGUUUGUAAUUCCAAUCAACAUUAAUGAGAAUUCAAUAUGUUCGAUAGAGCCUAAUACUGAGUUAGGUGAUUUAAUUAAAAGAGCAAGAUUGAUUAUUUGGGAUGAAGCACCUAUGACUCACAAGCAUUGUUUCAAGGCUCUUGAUAGAACAAUGAGAGACAUAUCACGUUCCAGUCAACCGAACAUGCAAUCGAAGCCGUUUGGGGGAAAGGUCAUUCUAUUUGGUGGUGAUUUUAGACAAAUUCUUCCGGUCAUCCCUAAAGGUACCAGAACAAUGAUAGUCAAUGCUUCUUUGAAUUCUUCUUAUAUAUGGCGGCACUGUAUAGUACUAAAGCUAACUGAGAAUAUGAGAUUAAGAGUUGGUUGUCAGGAAGCAGAUUUGAAAGAAAUAAAGGAAUUUGGAGAAUGGAUUUUAAAGCUUGGUGAUGGUCUGCUUGGUGAAGAAAAUGAUGGUGAGAUUGAUAUUGAAAUACCAGAUGAUUUACUUAUUCAUGACCAAGUCAAUCCUAUUUCUUCUCUCAUUUCAUAUAUAUAUCCGGACAUGAAUAAGUUUUUGUGGGAUUUAACGUAUUUCCAGCAAAGAGCGAUUCUUGCUCCAACUAAUGAAGUAGUGGAUUCAAUAAAUAAAGAGUUGUUAGAGAGUCUGCCUGGUGAAGAAAAGGUUUAUUUUAGUUCAGAUAGUCUAUGCCAAUCGGAGGAAGAAUCAGAGCUUAAUAUGGCGUUGUUUCCUCCUGAUGUGUUAAACAAUCUUCGUUUAUCUGGUUUACCUAAUCAUAAAUUAGUACUGAAAGUUGGUGCUCCGGUGAUGUUACUCAGAAACAUUGAUCAGGAAAAUGGAUUGUGUAAUGGUACACGUUUACAAAUCACGAAGCUCGGAAAAGUUGUGAUUGAAGCAAAAAUUAUCACACGGACUAAUAUAGGUCAUCAUACUUUGAUUUCAAGACUGAAGAUGACACCUUCAGAUAAAAGAAUACCAGUGAAGAUUUCUCGAAGACAUUCCCACUUUCACUGUGUUUUGCUAUGA